AUGAAGGCCCUAAAUCGUCGCCGUAGAAACUUGAGCAGGAACAGGAAGUGCUUGAGGAAGAGACAGGAUGCCCAGCCUAGUAGCACUUGUGGUUGGCAAAAGACCACUACCACCGGCAGUAGCAGCAACGCAAGCAGCAAGGGCCGAAUUCAGUCUACAGGUGAAGAAAAGGAAAUACUGCAGGACAAUGGCAAAGAGGGGGCUGGUGGUGACUCUAUGACACUCCUGAUGAAGAAGUUGGAUCAGAUUAACAACAGGAUCCGAGACGCCCCGUCCUCCCCCUCAGACCCCCUCCAGUCAGACGAAGAAGAGCUAAACACUCAGGAUGCUCCAUCCAGCAGGAUACCCGGUCGCUCCCUGAGUCUGGACCAGGGCAGAGCAUCAGACAAGCCUGAGCUACAGAGACGCCGCUCUCGCCCCCUCACCCGCAGCCGACCACUCACCCGCUCCUCCCUCUCCUCCCCCAUGCACCUGCAUGCACGACGGGCUAGGGCGGCUGGGAGGAUGACCAUUGGAUCGGCAGCAGGGAGCUCAUGCCAGUCAUGCUGUGGCUGCGCUGCAUCAAGGCCAAGAGGGUCAAGUCAACAAGAUCACGUCUCCAAAUUAAACUGACAUACAGUAAGUAUUGAAGCUUUUAAAAACACA